AUGGACAUGAAUGACUCGCUUAAAGAGGGGCUGAGAAGACUCAAUAGUCACUUAAACAAAACUGAUUGCACUUCAGAGCCUCCUGUUUCUGUGAAAAAGAAGAAAAAGAAGAAAACAAAGUCAAACAACAGCCAGAACAAGACUGUUCCUGUUGAAGAAUCCACAUCUAAUGUCCGGCCAUUUUCACCCAACACUGAAACGUUACCAAAACGCAAAUGGCUGUCGAUCAGCAGACGAUGGAAGGAAAAGCUGGAGAAACUCCAGAGUUCUGAAAAAGUCUCUCGAAUAGGAAGUAUAGAGUAUGUCAAUGAUGCAGACUUCCUCAUAGCUAAAGGCAGUGAUGGCACUGAGGUCUUCCUGGGGCUGAGGGAUGACGGGACUGAAGUGGCCAUUAAAAGAAUGACAAAAUCCAACUAUCGAGUGUUGAAAAAUGAAGAGGGCUUCCUCCGACUCCCAGAACUGGACCACCCCUCCAUAGUACGAUAUAUUGAUAAUGCAGAAGAUGUGAACUUUGGAUAUUUGGCUCUUCAGCUUUGUGAAUACACCCUGGAGGAAUAUCUCAGAGACACAGUCUCAAACAACACACUACUGAAGAAGGAUCUGAUACGACAGUUCCUGGAUAGUCUGAAGGUUCUUCAUAGUCAAAAACCUUCUAUUCUUCAUCGGGAUUUAAAGCCGCAAAAUGUUUUGAUUGAUGUAAAUGGAAGAGCCAGACUGGCAGAUUUUGGCAUCAGUAGACGGCUGCUCAAAGGACAGACUACUCUGCGAACAGCCAGUGCUGGAACCAAAUGCUGGAUGGCCAAAGAAACUCUGACCGACGAGGACAGUGGCAUUCCAUACAAGUCAAACACUGACAUACAGGUGGCUGGAAUGCUUAUUUACUAUAUUCUCUCUGAUGGACAUCAUCCAUUUGGAAACAGGUUCCUCUGUGAAGCAAACAUUUUAUACGGAAAAUACAACCUGGAGCACGUACAAGACGAGGUGGCGAAGGACCUCAUUGAGUGGAUGAUAAACGAAGAACCAAGAGACAGACCCAGCGUGGGGGAGUGUCUAAGACAUCCCUUCUUCUGGAAGAGUCACAAGCGUGUUGAGUACUUGAAAAAAAUUGGGAACCGGGAUGAGAUUAACAACUGUCGAAAUGCUGAAGAUGCAUUUAUAUCUUUAGUGGAAACAUUUCUUGUUGCAGAAUCCUUGAAAGACUGGAAAACAAAAUUUUCAGGAGAUUUGGUCUGGAAAAUGGACAGAAAGGGUAAAGCUUACCCUGAAAAUGCCCUUGGAUUGUUACGCUUCAUACGAAAUCUUUAUGAACAUUAUUCCAAAGAUGCAGCUCAAGUUGAUGUUUUGACUUUGUUUCCCGAACUUUUUGGUUCCAUUUAUAAAUUUGCUAAAACACAGGGAUGGAACAUGGAGACACCUCUAAAAGAAUUGUUUCAAAGAGAAGAGAUGACCACAGACUGUGUCAGCACAGAUAGUCCUGAAGCAGAGGAGAAUCUUCCGAUCUCCGUCCAGGAAUCUCAAAGCAGUGACAUGAAGGCUGAAAGCACUGAUACAGAAUAA